AUGUCAUCAAAGAAAAUUCAAGCCGUAGCCGACCCAAUACCUCAGAAACGAAACAAAACCGUGUCUACAGUGUCGGAUGGUGAAUAUGUGGAUGGGAAAUUUUAUCGACCGGCUGGAAUGCAUUGGGUUACGACCGCUUUGUUCAUUUUGGGUGAUGUAGCUGGUGGUGGAUUGGUUACACUGCCUGUGGCUACAGUUAGGACGAGUAAGUUACAGUAUGGUAUGGUAUGAUAGAUAGGGUAAGGUAGAGUAGGGUAGGGCAUUGAAGAAUGGUGAUAAUAAUUUUUUAGGCUUAUGGGCCUGCUUCUGCUUCACGUUUUACAUUGCGGUAACGAUGGGGAUGACUGGUAUAUUGCUUGGAAAGUGUUGGAUGAUGAUGUUGGAACGAUGGCCAGAGUAUCGUAAUCACUGCCGAAAACCAUACGCUGAAAUUGCCAAACGUGCCUUAGGGCAGAAAUAUGUGUAAGUCUACAUUCUACAUUUACCCAUACCCCCUACCCCUACCUUUACCCCUUCCCUUACCCUUAUCACUACCCUUUCCUAACACUGCCACUUUCAGCUGGAUAGUGUCCCUAAACUGUAACAUAGCUCAGUUUGGCCAAUCAGUAGUAUACCUCCUCUUAUCAGCCAAAAACCUUCGUGAUCUUAUCCUAAUGUUCUUUGACUACAAUAUCAGCUACUGCUUCAUGGUCGUCUUCCUUGGUAUCCUACUAUUACCACUCAACUUCCUCAAAUCUCCUCAAGACUUCUGGCCAAUGGUGAUUGUAGCCAUGUUCACAUCAGUCGUAUCAGCUUCUUUAAUUGUUGCUGGAGGCAUUAUUGAUUACCCAACGUGUUCGGCCGUGAAGGAAAUGCCACCGUUCACGCCGAGUAACUACUUUUUGGCAUUGGGAACGUUCUUUUUCGCUUAUGAAGCCCAUGCCUCGUUUCCGACGGUACAACAUGACAUGAGAAGACCUGCUGAAUGGACAAAGUCUAUGAUCUUGGCUAUGAUUUGUGAGUUUAUGGGGAUUAUGUUUUUGAGUUUAGGGGUGUUUGCCAGCCAAAAAAGUGGUAGGGUCGGUAAGGUUAGAGGUAGAGGUAAAAGUGGGAGUAAGGUAUGGGUAAAAGUCAGGGCAAGUUUAGGAAUAGGGAGAAGAGAAGAAAUAGGGGUGGUGGUAAGGUAAGAGUAAGGACAAUGUAAGGUAAGAGUAGGCCUAGAAAAUUGGGAUAGAAGUAGAGAAGGGCAAGGGUAAAAGCCAGGGCUAGCGUAAAGCUAAGUGUAGGGGUAGAGAUAGGGGUAAAUCCAGGGUAGAGUUAGGAGUAUAAGCACGGGAAAGCGGAGAACUAGGGGUAGAAGUGAGGGUAACAGUAAGGACAAAGUUAAGGGUAGCGCCUAGAGCUAGGGGUACGAGUAGAGGUAAGGACAGAAGUACAAUUAGGGGUAUGAGAGUUUACUGGGGUAGAUAUAGGAGUAGGAAUAAGAGUAAGGGUAAGAGUAGAGGUAAGAGUAAUGACAAGGGUUUGGGUAGGGGUAGUGGUAGGAGUAUGGAUAGGGGUAAAGGUAGGGGUAGGAUUAUGAGUACGGGUAUGAAGUAGUAGACGCAGGGCAGUAUAAUAGUCAAAAAAUUUUAAAAAAUCAAAUUUAAAAUAAAAAAUUAUUUCAGUGAUCAGUUCCUUGUACGGCCCAGUAUCAGUCAUCAGUUACUUUUCCUACGGAGAUUCAGUAAAAAAUUCAAUUAUUAACUCAGUACAAACUCCUUGGAUUCAAAUUACGGUUAACUUGUUGAUCACAAUGCAUUGUAUCUUAACCAUCACCAUAGCUUCGAAUCCUUUGAAUCAGGAGUUGGAAGACUAUUUCAACGUUCCACAUGGUGAGUUGGGGUUACUGUAAGAUAAAUGGUAUCUCGAAGUAAUCAAGUCUACUCUAAGCGGUGUUGGUUUACCCUACCCUACUCAGCUUUACUGUACGCUACCCACACCUUAUCCUUACCCCUACUCCUACCCCUAUCCUACUCUACUCUUAUCCUAUAUUACUUCUACUCCCACUCUUAUCAAUACCCUGAACAUUAAUUUCAAAUCUUAAAGCAAUCUAAGAUUACCUUGUUUUAGACUUUGGAUACCAACGAGUGAUCCUCCGUACCUCGGUUAUGGCUCUACAGAUCUUCUCGGCCCUAAGUGUACCAAACUUUGGCGCUUUAAUGGAUCUGGUUGGUGCGACAGCAUCACUGUUGACGGCAUUGUUCUUCCCUUGCCUAUUUUACUUGACAUUGAAGGCUGGUGAAGUUGAUGGGUCGUCCAAAGCCAACUUUAUUGAAGCUCAGGAGUUGAGCUGGACUGAGUAGGUUAAUAUCAACAUCAUAGGUAUUGCUAUGACUCAAAACCAUACCUUUACAUCUAAUAUUGCCUCUACUUCUACUUCAAGUUCUACCCUUACCCUUACACCUACCCUUAUCUUUAGGCGAUAGUAAUAAAGGUAGGGGCAGGAACUAGAGGUAGUGGAUAGGGUUGGGUUAGAUGUAGUGGUAAAAGUAGGAGUAGAAGUUAAGGUAGAGGUACGUGUGGAAGUAAGGGUAGGAAUAUAAGUAGGAGUAAGGGGAAGGGUUAUGAAUAGUGGCUAGGGUGGGAUUAGAGGUAGGGGUAAGGUAGGGCCUUUACUUCUAGCCCCUGCCCUUACUUCUACACCUACCCUAGUCACUACCCUUCUACCACUAUCUCUACCCCUAGCUCCUAUCCCCCUCUCCCCACCUUUUGCCCAUAGCCUUAACUUUACUCUUGCCCACACUACACCCCCCUCCCCUAUCUACUUUUAAAUCUUAAAAACCCAAGCCUAAAACCGAUAUUACAGUAUCUGGAAGCGAAACAAGACCGGAAUCAAGUGGAUGUGCGUAAUAGCCACCACCAUUGGCACCUCAAUUGGCCUCGUUUCCUCGGUUAUGGCCAUUCGCUCAUUGGCUGACACUCAUUUCGUGCCGCCUUGCUAUAUUCAACCAUUUUUAUCAAAUCAUUCGGCAGGAGAGGAGUUGUCCUUAUCUGCUAUUGACUGUUGUGGUCACUAUCAAAACAUUUCUGUGUAUGAGGAUGUCACAUGUUCGAUUCAGAACUUGAAAAUCAAUGAGUAA